GUUGGUGUCGUUGUCAGCGCUGGAAAGAUGGACAGAACAGUCAAAGUCAGACUACCCAGUCAAAAAUGGAACAAUUACUUGAGAAAGCACUUCAAGGACCACUCAGACCACCUAGUCCACGACCCCAACUCCUCGCUCAACAUCGGCGACGUUGUUGCUCUUAGACCUUUCCGUGCCGCCAAACAUGUCCGCCACGUUGUGUCAGAGAUCCUCGUUCCUUUUGGCACACCCAUCACCGAACGACCACCCGUCCCUAGUGAGGAGGAAUCGCAAGCCUCUUACAUUGCCAAACGCCAAUCUAAACUCGAACGACGCAGUUUGCGCCGCGCUGCUGCACAGGGCUCAGAAUCCGCUAUCGAGAAGUUGCAAGCGCUGGAAAUUGAGGCUGGACAGGGCGUUGCAGCUGGAAAGGGCGAGAAGGGUGCCAGAAAGGCUGGACUGAUGGGAAAUAAGGGUCAAAAGUUGCCAAAGGGAGUUUUGCCUGGUGGAAAGCAUGCGGUGGGCAAGAUCGACGAAAGAGCAAAGCACAACAAGGAGCAGGCCAUGAAGAGGAACGAGAAGGCUGAGAGUAAUCUGCUUGAGGCCAAG